AUGAGCCCCCCCACAUCCAUUGGCAUCUGCUUCCAGAGGUUUUUGAGCCUUGAUGCUGAGCCUCUGCAGCCUGAAUGCCUGAUUCUGCAGCAAAUGGAAGGAGUCCUGAUCCAGGGCCUCCUGGAAAGGGGCCACUCGCCGCUUCUGUACCCAAGGCGGACAGCGGAGCAGGGAGGGGCCGCCGGCCGGGCUGGGGCGGGAGGCCAGGGGCCAGCCCCGGGGGUGCGGGGGCUCCGCUCGCGGUCUGCAGGGAGGCUGAGAAGCGCCAAGGACAAAGGAAUGGCACUGGCUUUCCCCUCACCUUCCCCAGCCGGCCGCCCCCCACCCGGCCCUCUGCAGAGAGAAUUCUGGUCCCAGAAUACCUUGCAGCUCCUUCCAUGGCAACGGCCGCCUCCCUCCCGCACCGCUUCGCCUCCUUCCUUCCUUCCCGCGCCUUCUCCCCGCAGCCCACACCCGAGCCAGGCCUCCCGAGGGCUCGGCGCACCCGCACCCCCGGGGCAGGGACCACGGCCAGUCCUUCCCCCCCCGGAGGAGGGGCAAGCAGGCGCUCCCAACGCGUACGCCAGCCACACCUGCAAGCGGGAGAGGGCCAGACCCCCAAACAUCCCUGCCCUGUCCUUCUCCGGGGCACCCACCACACUCGGGGGCCUUAGAGCCCUGAAAAGCCCGGCUGUGUUUCAGAGGCUGUACCUCGAAGUCCAAUCCGUGCAGAUUCCACUUCAGAUGGAAACGCUGAGGGCCAGAGAGGUCAAGUAGCCUACCCCAG